AUGAUUUCGACGCUUUCUGCUUUUCUAGCUCUUGUGAUUUUCCUGGAAAUUGCAUUUUUAACAAGAAGGUCUCAUGAGAAACAGAGGAAAGUUAAAUUUGCGAAUGAAGACAGUAAUCUAGGAAGAUUAUUUGCCGGAGAAACUUAUGAUUACUCUGGCGAAUAUAGAAUCAUACGAUUUUACAAAACAGAUGAUCGGAAUUUCGGGGAAAGUUGGGAGUGGAAUGAUUUGACUCUCGUCACUCAAAGUACUCUCAAAACUCUCGCUCAUCUUCCUCAGUUAUUGGAGAGCUUCACUGGCCCAGUUUCGUAUUCAAUCUUUUGCCCUGGUCUUGAUGCUUCUUUUGCCUCAGCGAUAAUUGACAAGCUCACGGACUGCAACAGCGAAAUAAGAAACCGAGUGACGUUCCAUUUUGUCUACCCUGCUGAAGAGCCCGCUGAUCUUAGUGCUGAAACUGAGCUGAGAGAUUCAAUGCCGUGCGAGAAUAUUUUCGAAGCGUUGAAAAUGUAUCCUGUUGUUCAAUGGAACAUUCCGUGGAAUAUUUUGAGAAAUGUUGGUCAAUCAGGGGCUCAUUCAGAAUUUGCUCUUCAAAUCGACUCAGAUGUGGUUCCGAGCAAAGAUCUUCGUGCUGACUUCAUUGAAUUCAUCGAAACUCAUGAUUUAUGGGACUCUGAUGAUGUGAGAGAAGUCUACUUACUUUCUCAAAAAGAAAAGGAUGCUAAUGCUUUUGAAAGAUCCUUUCUUUUGGAUGAUGAACUUGACGAAUCAUCGCUGACAUCAUUCGGUACCGAGAAGCAAGUGCCAUAUUUUAUCGCAAGAAGAAACAUUCCCUUAUACGAUGAGCGUUUCAAGUCUUCAAAGUUUGAUCGAAAACAGCUCUUCUGCGAGCUCCACACCGCUGGAUACAAAUUCAAAACGAUUACUUCGCAUUUUCUCUCAAAAACCAACGAGAAACAAGAUGAACUCAACGAGGAACGAAACGUGGACGAAAUCGAAUGGCUCCUAUUCAACUACCACUUCAAAGACGAGCUGCAGCAAAAGUACGGGACGAAUAAAACAUGCCCCUGGAUAUCAACGAACGAAAGUGCACUCUCGAAGAGCCAUAACAAGGACUUCCUUCGCUACAGGAUCCAGCAAAAUGAGAUGGGAGAGCCGGUCGCAACGAGCAACGAACCGCCUCUUCUACUCGCAGAUUCGGGAACAAAUGUUGUUCUUCCAAAACAUGAUCAUCGAAGAAUGAAUCAUAAGCUCAAGUUUGAAAACGUCAAGAAAUAUUCUGCGGAAGAAUUAAAAGAACUUUAUGAAAAAGGACUCUCUGCCGAAGUAAUGAAAGAAUUCCGAGUCCCGAAAGAAGAUGACCUUACCUGGGAGCUUGAUUAA